AUGACAGACAGUCAGUCAAUAAUCCAGUCGGUUAAAAAGUUUCUUAAAGAAAAUCCAACUAUUCCACAAUGGAUCAAGUGGGGGAUCAUAUUCAAGAUAUUGCGUAUCAAGAAUUCGCUCUAUUGGACCAACUUUGUCACGUUGAAUAAACCAAUCAAACAGUUGUUAAUUCAAAAUAGCAACACUAAAGACGAGAAUACUCAUCGUCAUCUUAAUAAAUGGGCCAAUGCUAUUUCCUGUAUAUUUCUAUACUGUGCUACCGUUGAUAAUAAGUUGAUCCCCAAAGAUUAUUUAUUGAUUUAUUUGCUCAUUAAUUAUGUGGGAAAGUUAAACACUCCAUCAAAUACAAAGAUUUUGGUAUCACCGAAAUAUUCACAAUAUUUGAAAGUGAACAAUUACAAACCAUGGUUGAAUCAAUUGUAUGAACAGAAACAUUUUAUCAUAUUUCCAGCUAUAGUUGCUCAAAUAUUAAGUAACUAUUUGACUCCUACAAAAUACAAAUUAAAUCAACGAUACUUAUCCAGUCUGUUGAAGAAAUAUAUUUUAAACCCGAUUUGGAUAAAUUACAAAUUAGGUAUAAACUAUAAUAGGAUUAAUUGGAUAAGCCUAUUCAGAACUUAUUGUUUUCAAAAUGUGGUGUUGAUGUUUGGUAUGGGGUUGUAUUUUUUCAAGAGUAAAUUGUUAGAUAGACUUUAUGAGACCAAGCAUAAUAAGGAUGAGGAGAAAGACUAUAAUACAAUCAUUCAAGACUAUCUUGCAUAUGUUGCUCAUAAAUCUAAUUCAUUUAUAAAUUUAAUAUUUGGAGUUAAUUUGAUUUCCAUUUUGUUGAUUUCGUUAACGUCGCCAAUAUUUAGAUUGUUAACCCCCAAAACCACGACAAAUAUGAAUUGGAUUCAGCUGCUUUAUGUUAAUCAUUUGAAAUUGUUUUUCAAAAGCUACACAAAAAUAAUAGGGUUUGCAGCUGGUUUGAUUACUUUGGGUUUGAACUCAAUCAAUCUUAUUCCUAGUUGGGGUUAUUCGGGAGACGAAUCUAUUCGAGAAAUUAAGCCUGAUGUUUUCAACUCUAUCAAUUUGUAUCUUUUCAGGUUGAUAUUGUUAUCCAAAUGGAGAAUUACCAAGUUCAAACAUCCAUUAUUCACUAAAGUUUCCAGAUUGAAUUGGAACAAAUUGGAAACCGCAUUGAUGACUUUUGCAAUUUGGAAAAUCAUGAAUUUGAAUGAUUUCUUGAAAUCUUCGGAAAAAACUGAUAUCGAAUCAGAAAACAAAGAAUUAUCAGCAAAUUCAAUGGUCAAGUUGGUAAAUUACAUAAUGUAA